AUGGAGCCAAGGUACAGGACCGAGACCGUCUCGUGGAGGAGAGUAGUAUCAAGUCAGCCGGGUCCUCCUCGGCGGCCGGAGAAGCGGCAAGAUUUCCAGGAUUACCAGGCGCUGCAGAAGCAGCCACCCUGGAACACUAGUAAACUGCAGCGCAGGAACCGAGCCCGGACCCAGCCCCACGCCUUGGAAUUGCAUCAGCGCCUCCAAAAAGGAAACGAGAGUGGACACGUUUAUUUCAAAAACAAGCUGAAGGUGGCACUUAUUGGUCAGAGCCUCUUCGGACAGGAAGUCUAUAGCCACCUCUGCAAAGAGGGCCACCGAGUCGUGGGAGUGUUCACAGUUCCAGACAAGGAUGGAAAAGCUGACCCACUGGCUUUGGCUGCAGAGAAAGAUGGGACCCCUGUGUUCAAGUUCCCUAGAUGGAGAGUGAAAGGCAAGACCAUAAAGGAGGUGGCAGAUGCCUACAGAUCCGUGGGUGCUGAGCUCAACGUGCUUCCCUUCUGCACGCAGUUCAUCCCCAUGGAUGUAAUUGACAGCCCAAAGCACGGUUCCAUCAUUUAUCACCCGUCCAUCCUUCCCAGGCACAGAGGAGCCUCUGCUAUCAACUGGACUCUCAUUAUGGGAGAUAAGAAAGCUGGAUUUUCUGUUUUCUGGGCUGAUGAUGGUUUAGACACAGGACCCAUCCUUCUUCAGAGAUCAUGUGAUAUCAAACCCAAUGAUACAGUGGAUGCACUUUAUAAUCGAUUCCUUUAUCCUGAAGGAAUCAAGGCCAUGGUGGAAGCUGUCCAACUCAUAGCUGAUGGAAAAGCUCCUCGUAUUCCCCAGCCAGAAGAAGGGGCAACAUAUGAAGGUAUCCAGAAAAAGGAAAAUGCUGAGAUUUCUUGGGAUCAAUCUGCUGAAGUUUUACAUAACUGGAUCCGAGGUCAUGAUAAAGUCCCUGGAGCUUGGACAGAGAUAAACGGACAGAUGGUCACUUUCUAUGGCUCAUCGUUACUGAAUAGCUCCGUGCCUCCUGGAGAACCACUGGAAAUUAAAGGUGCCAAGAAGCCUGGUCUUGUUACCAAAAACGGACUUGUUCUUUUUGGUAACGAUGGAAAAGCACUGAUGGUAAGAAAUCUGCAGUUCGAAGAUGGAAAAAUGAUUCCUGCCUCCCAGUACUUUUCAGCGGGAGAGACAUCAGUGGUAGAACUUACAGCCGAAGAGUUGAAGGUGGCAGAGACCAUUAAGAUCAUCUGGGCUGGAAUUUUAAGCAACAUCCCUGUUAUUGAAAACUCAACAGACUUCUUUAAAUCUGGAGCAAGAUCAAUGGAUGUUGUCAGGCUGGUUGAAGAGAUCAGACAGAAGUGUGGUGGGCUUCAGUUACAGAACGAAGAUGUCUAUAUGGCCACCAAGUUUGAAGACUUCAUCCAAAAAGUCGUGAGGAAACUGAGAGGAGAAGAUCAAGAAGCAGAGCUGGUGGUGGAUUAUGUUUCAAAGGAGGUCAAUCAAAUGACAGUAAAAAUGCCAUAUCAGUGUUUCAUAAAUGGAGAGUUCACAGAUGCUGAUGAUGGAAAGACUUACGACACCAUCAACCCAACAGACGGAUCUGUGAGUAAUUACUUAGUGUGCGACAGAGACCGGGUCCAUUUGUGUUCACCUCUGAAUUCUCAGCCCUUAGGAUGGUGCCUUAUACAUAAGAGGGGCUCAAUCAAUAUUUGCUGAGUGAAUUUCUUUCACUGACCAUACAGACUUGCAGACCUACUGGAAGAGAACCAAGAAGAGCUGGCAACCAUUGAAGCCCUCGAUUCAGGGGCUGUCUACACCUUGGCUCUGAAGACUCACAUUGGAAUGUCAGUGCAAACAUUCAGAUAUUUUGCUGGCUGGUGUGACAAAAUUCAGGGUUCUACAAUUCCAAUCAACCAGGCCCGGCCAAAUCGCAAUCUGACCUUCACCAAGAAGGAGCCCCUUGGUGUCUGUGCCAUUAUCAUCCCCUGGAAUUACCCACUGAUGAUGCUGGCAUGGAAGAGUGCCGCGUGUUUGGCAGCAGGCAAUACCUUAGUGCUGAAGCCAGCACAGGUCACACCCUUGACUGCUUUGAAGUUCGCAGAGCUCUCUGUCAAAGCAGGCUUUCCAAAGGGAGUAAUCAACAUCAUCCCAGGCUCAGGUGGCAUAGCAGGACAACGCCUUUCUGAACAUCCUGAUAUCCGCAAGCUUGGUUUCACUGGUUCUACUCUUAUUGGCAAACAGAUCAUGAAGAGCUGUGCUGUGAGCAACUUGAAGAAAGUUUCCCUUGAACUUGGUGGCAAAUCCCCACUUAUAAUAUUCAAUGACUGUGAACUUGACAAUGCCGUGCGAAUGGGCAUGGGAGCAGUAUUUUUCAACAAAGGAGAGAACUGUAUUGCAGCUGGGAGAUUGUUUGUGGAAGAAUCCAUCCAUGAUGAAUUUGUGACAAGAGUGGUGGAAGAAAUUAAAAAGAUGAAAAUUGGUGAUCCACUUGACAGAUCUACUGACCACGGGCCCCAGAAUCAUAAGGCCCAUCUGGAAAAGCUUCUGCAAUACUGUGAAACUGGAGUGAAGGAGGGGGCCACCUUGGUGUAUGGCGGAAGACAAGUCCAAAGGCCGGGCUUUUUUAUGGAACCAACUGUCUUCACGGACGUGGAAGACCACAUGUAUCUUGCCAAAGAGGAAUCCUUUGGGCCUAUUAUGGUCAUUUCUAAAUUCCAAAAUGGGGACAUCGAUGGAGUGUUGCAGCGAGCAAAUAAUACAGAGUACGGUUUGGCCUCAGGGGUUUUUACAAGAGACAUAAAUAAAGCUAUGUAUGUGAGUGAGAAACUAGAGGCGGGAACUGUUUUUAUCAACACGUACAACAAAACUGAUGUGGCGGCCCCUUUUGGUGGAGUUAAACAGUCUGGAUUCGGAAAAGAUUUAGGUGAGGAAGCUCUAAACGAAUACCUCAAAACCAAGACGGUGACGCUGGAAUAUUAGAGCAGUGCCAUCAUC